AGACGCGAGGGGACAGCUGGGCCUGCCGCACCGCUCACUCUCAUUCUAAUGCAAAACUUCAAGAGUUUAGGAGUUGGCUGACGUCAAGAAGGCCUCAGUACCUUUUACCAUCUUGUCAACAGAGACACAUCAUGUGAGAGUGGAGACAGACUGGAACUACGUGGCUUUUCUUACUUGGAACCCAUCCGGACUUAAAGAGCAGGAGGAUUGUUGUUGUUUUUAAACACUUUCAGGGAGACGAUGUCGCCUUGAAAUAGGCUACAUUAUUCCCUUUGCUGCGUCGUUACAUUCCAGCGUUUUUGUUUGUUUUUACAAGUCAUGUAUGUGGGAUACAUUCUGGAUAAAGAAAGCGGCAUGUAUCACCAGGGUCCAGUGAGAAGAACGAGCAUCAAUCUGCCUCCACAGAACUUUGUUUCUACACCUCAGUACGCUGACUUUACUGGAUACCAUCAUGUGCCGAACAUGGACACGCACGCACAGUCUUCGGGCAGUUGGGGGCCCACUUAUGGCGCUCAGAGGGAAGACUGGGGCGCAUAUAGUCUGGGACCACCUAACGCCAUUCCCGCGCCUAUGAACAACUCCUCUCCUGCACAAGUUCCGUACUGCUCACCUGAGUACACUCACAUGCAUCCUCCGGGGUCUGCGGUGCUACAGCCGCCGCCGGAGAGCGUAAACGUCGCACAGCUUUCCCCCGACAGGGAAAGGCGCAAUUCGUUCCAGUGGAUGAGUAAAAACGCACAAGCAUCUUCUACGGGUAAAACGAGAACGAAGGAGAAGUACAGGGUAGUUUACACCGACCACCAGAGGCUGGAGCUGGAGAAGGAGUUUCAUUUCAACAGAUACAUCACCAUCAGGAGGAAAUCCGAACUGGCCCUCAACCUCGGUCUGUCAGAACGACAGGUAAAAAUCUGGUUCCAGAACCGCAGAGCCAAAGAGAGGAAACUGAUCAAGAAGAAGCUCGGUCAGUCCGACGGCAGCGGGGGGUCUGUGCACAGCGACCCGGGCUCGGUGAGCCCUCUGCCGGUCCCGGGGUCCCUCAGUCCCUCGGACAUCCACAACUCUAUGUACCCUCCUCAGGGGAUGAACACCUUGCCAUCCAUCAGGAAUAUACAACAAGUGACUGUGACUCAAUAGUGGUCAGUUCACUCUGCGCACCAUCCGACAUAACCGAGCACUCCGACGCGCGACAGGACGCUAAGGCACAACGCCGUGGAUCCACAUUUCAUCCACAGCAACCACGUGGAGGCUCUUCACA